GCCGCCCGCGAAGAUGCGGCUGCUCCCGGAAUGGCUUCUCUUGCUCUUUGGCCCCUGGCUCCUGAGGAAGGCUGUGAGUUCCCAGAUCUCAGAGUCCGGGAGGCCGCAGUACCUGGAGCUGCGCCCCGGCGCGGCCGGAGGGGGCGCUGCUGGCCCACAGGUCCGGGCGCCCAGGUCUUCCGACGGCCUGGGCUCCGCGGGCGCCUGGAGCUGGGCCUGGCCGGCUAACCACACCGGCGCCCUUGCCCGGGCGGGGGCGGCGGGGGCGCUGCCGGCGCAGCGCACCAAGAGGAAGCCGUCCAUCAAAGCGGCCCGCGCCAAAAAGAUCUUCGGCUGGGGGGACUUCUACUUCCGUGUGCACACCCUCAAGUUCUCCCUGCUUGUGACCGGCAAGAUCGUGGACCACGUGAACGGGACCUUCAGCGUGUACUUCCGCCACAACUCGUCCAGCCUGGGCAAUCUCAGCGUCAGUAUCGUGCCGCCCUCCAAGCGGGUCGAGUUUGGGGGCGUCUGGCUGCCAGGGCCCGUCCCCCACUCUCUGCAAUCUACACUGGCCCUGGAGGGAGUGCUCCCCGGGCUGGGGAUCGCGGCCGCGGGGCCAGGGCUAGGGGGCACCCUCGGGGGCGCGCUGGCGGGCCCUCUCGGGGGCGCACUGGGGGUGCCUGGGGCCAAAGAGUCCCGCGCUUUCAAUUGCCACGUGGAGUACGAGAAGACGAACCGCGCGCGCAAGCACCGCCCGUGCCUGUACGACCCGUCGCAAGUGUGCUUCACCGAGCACACGCAGAGCCAGGCCGCCUGGCUGUGUGCCAAGCCCUUCAAAGUCAUCUGCAUCUUCGUCUCCUUCCUCAGCUUUGACUACAAACUGGUGCAGAAGGUGUGCCCAGACUAUAACUUCCAGAGCGAGCACCCCUACUUUGGAUAGCGCGCCCCACCCUCGCCCCAGCCCUGAGAGCCCCGCCCAAUCUCGGCCUCCCUGAGUGGGACCCCUCCCCGCGCCCCGCAGCUUCUGUGGCCGCGUCCACCCUUUCCACUCCGGGGGCGGAAGGGAACAGCCCUCCCGGGGACCGUCUGCCGGCGCGGGUCCCCUUUUCCUUAUAGGGAGGAAGGAAGGGGUAGCCCCUUCCCGCUACACCCCGAAGAGGAGGGGCAAGAGCGCCGCCCUAGAGUAGGCGGGGCGUGGAGGGGGUCCCAGCGUCCCCUACGCCCACAUUGGGUCCCCUAUACGCCCCUGGCGCUGGGCUGGACACUCCUUCUGCCCGAAGCUUAAAUGACACCCGGCCUGGCACCCCCCUCCCGCCCUGACUGGCUAACCCUCGGGCGCGCGUCCUCCUGCUCCACCCUGUCCCCACGUAGACUGCGGCCCAACCCCAUCCCCUUCUGCCUGCCGUGCGCCUGCCCGCCUUCCCCGAAACCCCGAUUAGGGUAGGGGAAGCAGAACUCCUGGGCAUAGGCCGUCGACUCUCGCCGCUGCCCUCUGCCGCCUCCCGCCCGUCUCUGCGGUCCUGCUCCACCUGCCCAUUUCCGGCUGCUUCCUCUGGUGAUAUUUUUUCUACGCCAAAACAGACGGGAAAGGGAACAAAAUAAAGUGAAAUCCAA